GACCAUUCACCGACUCCAGGGCGUGACUGCGGGUCGUGCGAGAAAAAAAACACACAGGAGCGGGGAAUCAUUUCUACAGCUGUACGUGCAAAUCGAAAAUACCGCAAUUAAAAAAAAAAUAAGAGGGGAACAAGCAUGAAAGGAGCGGUAUUGUAUUAUUAAAAUCUAACAAAACAUCUGUGUGAAACAGGCGCCGUUGUGCCCGCUGCGCGAGUGUUGACACAGUGUACCGCCGCUGAUUCUAUCGGUAAUAUCAUUAGCCAGAUGGGGCUAGAGCAUUAAUGGCUUGAGUCGGGGAAGGCUGUCCUCUCUUUCUCUUGUCUGUCUAUCUCCCCGAAGAAAAGAAACCGCAGCCCAGGCUUGUAAGGGUCUGUGCAUUGUGGGGCUGCAGCCUGCGUGCUCAGUGCAACCGAAACACGCGAAAAUACUACAACAGACCCCCCACCCCUCUCAUCCCGAACACAGCGGGCUCUCUCAUGAGCACAGCCUCUAAUGGCCUGCAUCCACGAGCCCCGAGCCCCCUCUCCCUCCCUCUCCUGCUUUAGCUCCUCCCUGUCGGAGCCGCCGUUCCGCAGGCUGGACCCCGAGACUGCCCCCUGCACCCCCGAGAAGGAUCUGACCCCCACCCAGUGUGUCCUGCGCAACGUGCUGCAAAUGGAGCCUGGAGGGGCGGGGCAGUGCGGGGGCCACAGCCCCACCCCCAGCGACGAGCCCCCCGAGCACUUCGCCAACAGCGUGCUGAAGCUGCACGAGAACGAGGCUGGGGGCGGGGCGGAGGCGGGGCACCGCGCCGAGGGAGGGGCCGUGCGGGGCCAAUCGGACGAGGGGAGGAUUCAGUGUCAGUCCGGGGCCGGCUUCCUGGAGGGGCUGUUUGGCUGCCUCAAACCCGUCUGGACUAUGAUCGGGAAAGCUUACUCCACAGAGCACAAACAGCACCAUCACCAGGAGGAGUGGGAGGUCCCAUUCGAGGAGAUCUCUGAUCUGCAGUGGGUCGGGAGCGGCGCGCAGGGCGCUGUGUUUUUGGGGAAGCUGCACGGCGAGGAGGUGGCUGUGAAGAAGGUCCGGGAGCUCAAGGAGACGGACAUCAGGAACCUGCGCAAACUCAAGCACCCCAACAUCAUCACCUUCAGGGGUGUGUGCACGCAGGCUCCCUGUUUCUGUCUCAUCAUGGAGUACUGUGCCCAGGGUCAGCUCUAUGAGGUUAUGCGAGCCGGGCGCAAGAUCACUCCCUCCCUGCUGGUGGACUGGUCCAUGGGCAUCGCGGGGGGAAUGAACUACCUUCACCUGCACAAGAUCAUCCACCGGGACCUCAAGUCCCCCAACAUGCUGAUCACCUGUGAUGACCUGGUGAAGAUCUCGGACUUCGGCACCUCCAGAGUGCUCAGUGACAAAAGCACCAAGAUGUCCUUCGCGGGUACGGUGGCCUGGAUGGCUCCCGAGGUGAUCCGCAAUGAACCCGUCUCCGAGAAGGUGGACAUCUGGUCGUUCGGGGUGGUCCUGUGGGAGAUGCUGACUGGCGAGGUCCCCUACAAGGACGUGGACUCCUCAGCCAUCAUCUGGGGCGUCGGGAACAACAGCCUGCAGCUGCCCAUCCCAGAGAGCUGCCCUGACGGCUUCAAGAUUCUUCUGCGACAGUGCUGGAACUGCAAGCCACGGAACCGCCCGUCGUUCCGGCAGAUCCUGCUGCACCUGGACAUCGCCUCUGCGGACUUGCUCUCCACCCCCCAAGAGACCUACUUCAAAUCACAGGCGGAAUGGCGCGAGGAGGUGAAGCAGCACUUUGAGAAGAUCAAGUCCGAGGGGACGUGUCUGCACAGGCUGGACGAGGAACUCGUCAACCGGAGACGCGAGGAGCUGAGGCAUGCGCUGGAUAUCCGUGAGCACUAUGAGAGGAAGCUGGAGAGAGCCAACAACCUCUACAUGGAGCUCAACGCAGUCAUGCUGCAGCUCGAACUGAAAGAGAAAGAGCUGCACAGACGGGAGCAGUCUAUGGAUAAGAAGCACCCCGGUCUGUUCAAACCUCACACCCCUCGCCCUGCUGGGCCGGCGAACUCCAUGGACAAACUCAUCAAGAAACGCAACGUGCCCCAAAAGCUACCGUCCCACAACAAGCGGCCGGACCUCUUGAAGUCAGAGGUCAUCCUUCCGAAGCUCGACUCCUCAAUGACUCAGGUGACCAUCCCCGCCCAUCCUAACAAGGGCUCAACCUCACCGGGCCGGUCGCGGAGGGGCAAGCCGCGUUACCGCAAGGCAGGCAAGGGCAGCAGCGGGGACCUGGCGGGACUGAAGGCUGCCCUCUCCCCUGCGCCCCUGCCGGCCAUGCACCUGGACCCCAGCGCCGCCCUCCGGGGGCUGCAGCACGACCUCCUGCUCAAGAAGAUGUCCUCCUCCAGCCCUGACCUCAUCUCCACUACCCUGGAGGCGGAGGGCAGGGCGAAAGGCGAGACGGGCAUGGACCGGGGCAGCCGUAGCGUCUCCGGAGGGCUGGGAGGGGCUGAGACCGAGGACCUCACGGAGACUCCGCCCCGCAGCGACACCCCCAGCGAAGACGCCGCCUCCAUUCCGUUCUCCAGCAGCCCUGAUUCGCCCUGUGGGAAGGGAGGAGCCGCCGGGAGGGGCUCAGCGCUGGGGCAGCCACGCCCCCCGCAGGAGGGGGAGGAGAAAGAGGAGGGGCCUGGGGGCAGGCUGCCCAGGGGAGGGGCAGGGGGGAGUGGCCAGCCGCACCUCACACCGGCAGCUAUCUUGUACCGGGCAGCUGUCACCAGGAAACAGAAGCGUGGCGUCUCGUCCGAGGAGGAGGGAGAGGUGGACAGCGAGGUGGACAUGCCACGGAGACAAAGGCGGCCGGCAGCGGCGAUGUCCAAGUGCCAGUCCCUGUCCACCUUCAGCUCGGAGAACCUGUCCGUGUCGGACGGGGAGGAGGGCAACACGAGCGACCACUCGCACAGCGGCACGCCCGACGUGGUCAGCACCAACACCGACGAGCGGCUAGACGACAAGUCCGAGGACCUGCUGUCCCAGAGCUCCGAGAUCCCCGUGGACAUGCUGCUGCACUCCGACGGGCUGUCCGAGAAAGAGGCGGCCGUGAGGGAGGUCAAGACGCAGCUGAACGCCAACGUGCACGAGAACCCCCCUGUUUACGAUGACUCGGACUGCGACAGCGCAGAGCUAGACAACUCAGGCAGUGCAGAGGCCAGCCAUCCGUCCAGCACAGCCACAUGGUGAUCGCGAGGACCCCUGUGUACAGACACCCCCCUCCCUCCCAAAUCACACCCCAGGACCCUGCUAGGAGACCCUCCAUCUCUCCCCUCUUCAAUCCAGGAGCUUUAUUUUAACAUCAGUGGAUUUAUAAACGAUCUGUUCUUUAUUUUUUGAUUGUAUUUAUUAUUUAUGAAUUUGGUUUUAUUUGGCAUAAAUGAUACAGGUACACACGCUGCCAACAAAAAAAAUUCUUCCCUCUCAUUUACAAAGUAACAUCCUCACCCGUGCCAAUUAACUACUCAGUCGUGCUAAAUUCAGAUAUAAGAAACAAACCUUUCAACGAGAAGGAAUCAGGCAUUAGUUCAUUUUGAAGCGUACUACCAAAAAAUAUAUCUAUGUACUAAUAACUUCAUCGACAUGGUAGACGAUUGUCAAGUUUUCCAUGCACGAGAAAGCACUUAGUCAAAAUAAGAUUUGAAUUGGAUAUUUUAAAUGGGCCAGAGAAUGGCUUGAAGCAUUAAGACUGGCAAGAGCUUGUCCUGUUUUCUGCUCUCCUUCCAAAUGGAAAUUCAAAUUAAAGCCUUUUGCUCUUCCGUAAUUUUUUUUUGGUGGCGAGCCUGAUCGAACAACUUUGUAUGUUUUUUUUUUUAUUAGUAUUUAUUUAUAUGCUGUAUUUAUUAUUUUAAUAUAUAUAUAUAUAUCAGGGAUUAAGUUUACACCUUGUCGAUUUUUAAUUUUUGUAAAUAUUUCAGAUGUUCUAUUUAAUGUCCUGACACUGUACAUAACGACGCUGUAUAACUGAAACACAUUGGUGCUGACCACGUUGACUUAGAAAGGACCCUGCAUGGCGGGCAGUAUUCUGGAAGCUGAGACUUCGAGAGGUGGUCGUGUGUCCGACGGGCUGCAAAGCAUUCACUGUUCAGCUAACUGCACUUGGAGUGAAAGCUCUCAGGCAGUGCUCUCAGCACAGGACUGCAGUUCACAGGGCCAGUCUUCUCUUACCUGCUGUCAUAAGCGAAGUGAUGCUACUGAGCUCCAAACCAUUUGGGAAACGCAUCCUCUCGCUCUCUCUCUGCUGAUUGUAUCAGUAUGUAUAGAAAAUAACACCAUGUAGAUCCUCUUCAGACUAUCAUCCACUCUCCAGUAUACCACAUAAUACUUCACGCAUGCCCACGGCCACGGAGCUCUGGACAGGAUAAAGGGUCUAAACUUUGCUGCUGACGAUUACCAAUGGAGUGGAAUAGGCUGACAGCGAUCAGUUCACAUUCAAAUUUAAACUAAUGACUGCAUAAAGAGAUCGAGCCCUUGAUAACCUGUGUUUGGAAGAAAUGUCCCGCUCAGUUUCAGGAGUUAAAAGUUUUGUCGUUUAUUAAAAUGCCCCCCUUUUUUUUAAUAAAAUCAAUUGGUUUGUCUUUUUUUUUAACAGAAAUGCCAGAUCAAAGAUAUCUAAAACCACAAGGGUCUAUGAGAUCGGGGUUUUGCUUACAAGUGACGGCUAAACUACUGAACUAUUAAACUAUUUACUAUGGUUUUCACCUUUUAAAUUACACCCUAUGUAGGCUCACUUGUGCAGUUUUGCAAAUUUUAAGGCAAUUUUCCCACUUCGGGGAUAAACUCAGACACAUCUGAUCUUGUUACCUAUAGACUGUGGCUAUGCUUAGAUUAAAACCUGGAAUGGAUGAGAUUACUAUGCAAUAGGAGUCUUCUUAGCAUCCCUCUACUUUGCAUCCAUUUUCUUAUACAUAUUUCGAUGUUAACGCCAUCUCAAUCACAUCUCGUAACAUUUAACAUACUAAAGGCAUUAAAAAUGGAUGCAAAGGAGUCAGAAGAUACCUUAAAAACAAGCAAAAACUGCACAAGCAAAUAGAAACAAAAAGGAAAUGGCACCAGACAUGUGAAUUCCUGAAAACAGACCUGGUGGUAGUUCCAUUAGCAGCAAAACAAACUCCGUACUAAAACUGGCUUGCCACUUGUGUUGAAAUUCCCAUCUUCCAUCCUUGUGUCUAAAAGCAGCAGCAGAGUUGACCGUAGCAUCACACCCCAGCUCCGCUGCGGAAUCCUGCCCGCUGAGCGCCGAGAGGAGGAGGCGCAUGUAUGACAGCUCCAACUUUACCCUGGAAAAGCCAUACAUCCCCCAGCCUCGUUUGAAAAUGUACUCUUUUUAUAUAUAUACACACACCGCAUCAUGUAUUGCACCUGUGUACUAUAGGAAAUGUAUUUAAAAAAAAAAAUUACAU